AUGCAUAGUCCAUCGCUCGUCGCCCUCGUCGCCCUUGGCCCCUUGUUGGCCUCGGCAGCCGAAUGCACGCGUGAAUUCCUCAAGACGAGCGCCGACAGCUUGGUAGCGGCACAGACAGCCGGAGAUCCAAGCCUGCUCAAGCCCGUCUCCCCGGGGCUCAUCUACCACGAGAACUUUGCCGCGGCCGCCUUGCAGUCGGGCAUCCUAGCCUCUCCCAUCAAGAUCGACCACAGCCGCCACAGCCUCGACACGACGCAAUGCGCGACCUACACGGAACUGAUUUCGGCCACGGGCGCAAAGCCAUACGUGCUAGGCACCCAAAUGUGGUUCGACCCCGAGGCCGGCGCCAUUUCCAAGAUGGACACGCUCAUAAGCACGACGGGCGACUGGCUCUUCAACGCCACGGGCACGCUGCACUGGGCCUCUCGAGAAGACUGGGGCGCCAUCCCCGAGUCCCAGCGUAAUCCGCGCGCCGUCAUCCAGGCGGCCGCCGACGCCUACUGCGACAUUUUUAGUGAUAAGAGCGUGGUUGUGCCGUGGGGCAGGCCGUGCGCCAGACUGGAGGGCGGCGCGUACACGGGCAACGGCGGGCCCAACGACAGAUGCGACGUCGGGAUUCCGAGCGGUGCGAGUCUUGUGGAUAGAAGAUAUGUCAUUGACGAGACGGUCGGGGCGGUCUCGGUGUUCUUGAGUUUCUCGGGCAUUCCGGAUAGUCAUGAGUUUCGGGUUGAGGGCGGCAAGCUGCGCUACGUGCACACCAUUACCGUCAUGAGCGCCAGGGGGGAUGGGAAGGGCAAGGGCAGGAGGAGGGCGAGAGGUGUCAUGAGUCCUCCCGUGUAG